AUGGGGCUCAAGGAGUCCGACCUCAAGAAUCACCAGCAUGGAGUCAUGCGGCUAGGCGAUAACUACAUUAAACCCGACGGGACGAUCUCUCUCCCAAUCUGCCUAGGAACCGGUGACACCAGGAAAUCGGUUAUGGCGGACUUCGUAGUCCUCAGAGACUCCACUGCCUAUAAUAUCAUCCUAGGGAGAAAAACUAUCAACGAAUUCUCAGCUGUAAUAUACACCAAGUUCCUGACAAUGAAGUUCAUAACAGACAAGGGAACAGUUGGUUCCAUAAGGGGAGACCUAGAAACGGCAGUCGCUUGCGACAGCGCCAGCCUCUUCUUAAGGAAAGAAUCUAAGAGGGCAGUUGGCAUAUUCCUGGCAGAUCUGGACAUCAGGAUAGAGGACAAGCCGAGACCAGAACCAGAGGAGGACAUGGAAAAGUUCCAAAUAGGAAAGUCGGCAGAUCAGUUUACCUUCGUAAACAGAAACCUGCCCCAUGAACUCAAGGGCCCUCUCAUGGAGAUCGUAAGGGCAAACGACGACCUCUUCGCAUGGACACCAUCAGACAUGCCGGGAUUGGACCCCGAGGCCACGUCUCACCGGCUAGCCAUAAAACCUGAUGCCAAACCGGUAGCCCAGCGGCGAAGGAAGAUAUCGCAAGAAAGGGCUGAAGAAGUCGCCAGACAAACAGCAGGGUUGCUAGAAGCAGGGUUCAUCAAAGAACUCGAGUACUCAACAUGGCUAUCCAAUGUCGUCCUAAUCCCGAUGCACCGACCCGACAAGGACAAAACGGCAUUCAUAACACCAGGAGGCACUUACUGCUACAAAGUAAUGCCCUUUGGGCUGAAGAACGCAGGGGCCACCUACCAAAGGCUAAUGAGCAGAGUCUUCCAUGACCUCAUCGGCAAGUCGGUAGAAGUUUACGUUGACGACAUCCUAGUGAAAACAGCAGAACCAAACAAACUAAUAGAUGACCUCCAGGCUAUCUUCAAAGCACUGAGAAUGUUCAACAUGAGGCUCAACCCACUCAAAUGCGCAUUCGCCAUGGAAGCAGGGAAAUUCCUACGGUUCAUGAUAACACAAAGAGGGGUAGAGGCUAACCCGGACAAAUGCGAAGCCGUCCUCAAAAUGACAAGCCCUGGGUGCAUCAAAGAUGUACAACGACUCACUGGGAAGCUCACGGCUCUAUCCCGGUUCCUCGGCGCCUCGGCAGAAAGGGCCAUCCCAUUCUUCAACCUAAUGAAGAAGGGAUCGCCUUCGAGUGGACCCUGGCAUGCGAAGAAGCAUUCAGCCAUUUCAAAAAGAUACUCUCGGAACCUCCCGUACUCAGCAAGCCUAGAGAAGGGGAGCCCCUAUACUUGUACUUGUCUGUAA